UGUAACUGUCUUGUAAUGUUUUGCAGGAUCUUCAUUUAUACUCAUCGAAGAAUGGCCAUUACCGCUGACGACGUAUCCCUUGAGGACAUUGUACCCAUCUCCCUCGACUUUGCUGUAGUUGAAGUUUCCUCACCAGAGGAACUUGUGGUCGUGGGUGCCGAUACUAGAGUAAGGAUAAGCUUCAAGGACCAAGAGCUGGAGCUCAGACUUCCGUUCGGGUCACAUUCACGUGUCUUCCUGGGUGAAGUCAACAAGGCGUGGAGUGAUGUUUGCAGGUCUCCCACGCAGGCACCCACGUUUGAGUGGAUCAGCAAGUACCACAAAGGCACCAGAGGCCAGGGAGUUGUCAAACAAGCCAUCGCACCCCUCGGCACAACACUCACUAAACUCAGCCAGCAUCGUAAAACAGAGAAAUCAUCCGACAAAAAGGGAACUUUAGAAAAGGAGAAAGGGUCUAACAGUGGCACACAGAAGUCCAGAGGGUUUUCCAGCCAAGAAAGUCGAGAGGAGCGGGAUGACCUGGUGCGCUCGUCCAGCCACACCCCGUCGAACAAAGCUCAGAUACUGGCCAUGCCGCAGUUUGGCCUGCGUGACAACCUUAUCAGGUGUGAGCUGCUGAAAAAUGAGGACCUGUACACAUAUCUGGAGCACUUCAGCUUUUUUCUUGGCACAUACAACGUGAAUGGACAGACACCAAAAGAAAGCCUCCGGCCUUGGCUGGGCUGCACUCUCAACCCUCCUGACAUAUACUGCGUGGGUUUUCAGGAGCUUGAUCUCAGCAAAGAGGCUUUCUUCUUCAAUGACACCCCCAAAGAGCAGGAGUGGACAAAGGCCGUGUUCGAGGCCUUGCAUCCAGAAGCCAAGUAUGCCUUCGUGAAGUUGGUGCGUCUGGUGGGCAUCAUGCUGAUCUUCUAUGUGAAGAAGGAACAUGCAGAGUUCAUCUCUGACGUGGAGACUGAGACUGUGGGCACUGGCAUCAUGGGAAGGAUGGGAAACAAGGGUGCUGUGGCAAUCCGUUUUCGUUUUCACAACUCGGACAUCUGCGUGGUCAACUCUCACUUAGCUGCCCACAUAGAAGAGUACGAGAGACGCAAUCAAGACUAUAAGGACAUUUGCAGUCGUCUCCAGUUUCGCCAGAAUGACCCCACCCAGCCUCCGCUCACGAUCAUGAAGCACAAUGUGAUUUUAUGGAUUGGGGAUCUCAACUACAGAAUCACUGACCUUGACGUUGACAAGGUGAAAGAGCUAAUCAGCAAGAAAGACUUUGAAACGCUGCACAGCUAUGAUCAGCUCAAGAAGCAGAUCGAUGAGGAGGCCGUGUUUGAGGGCUUUGAGGAGGGUGAGAUUGAUUUCCAGCCCACCUACAAAUACGACACUGGCUCUGACAAGUGGGACACAAGCGAAAAGUGUCGCGUCCCCGCGUGGUGCGACCGCAUCCUGUGGAGAGGAAAGAACAUCGACCAGAAGCACUACCAGAGUCAUAUGGCUCUGAAGACCAGCGACCACAAACCUGUCAGCUCCCUGCUCGUCAUUGGGAUCAAGAGAGUAAAUGGUGACGCCUACAAGAAGACUUUUGAAGAGAUUGUGCGCAACAUAGACAAAAUGGAGAACGAAUGUAUUCCGUCUGUAACCUUGUCCAAGAGAGAGUUCCACUUUGAGGAUGUGAAGUUCAUGCAGCACCAGGCAGAAACGCUAAGCCUCUUCAAUGAUGGGCAGGUCCCAUGUCAGUUUGAGUUUAUCCAGAAGCCAAACGAGCCCACAUACUGCAAGCCUUGGCUCACAGCCAAUCCCUCCAAAGGCUUCAUCGCUCAGGGUGGCUCUGCAGACAUUGAGCUUGAGGUUUUUGUAAACCGCUCGACAGCACCUGAACUCAAUUCUGGCACGCAACAGAUCGAAGACAUCCUGGUGCUCCACCUGGAGCGGGGCAAAGACUACUUCAUCUCCGUGACAGGCAACUACCUGCCGAGCUGCUAUGGCACCUCUCUUCACUCAUUGUGUCAGCUCAGAGAGCCCAUCCAAGACAUGCCACAAGAGACCCUCCGUGAACUGGCUGAAAUGUCUGGAACGGAGAAUGCAGCGAACACUGAAAAGCCUCUUGACAUUCCUAAAGAGCUUUGGAUGAUGGUGGAUCACUUGUUCCGCAAUGCGAUCAAACAGGAAGACAUAUUUCAGCAACCAGGGCUCCGGAGUGAAUUUGCAGAAAUAAGGGACUGCCUUGACACAGGGAUGCCAGAUUCCCUCCCGGGCAGUAACCACUCAGUGGCCGAGGCCUUGCUUCUCUUCUUAGAUGCCCUGCCAGAGCCUGUGGUUCCGUACUCUUUUUACCAGCAGUGCCUAGAAUGCUGCUCCAAUGCCAGCCAGUGUGAGAAAAUUGUUUCCAUGCUACCUCAGUGCCAUAAAAACGUGUUCAACUAUUUAGCUGCCUUUCUCCGUGAGCUAUUGAAGAAUUCUGCAAGCAAUCGAUUAGACGUCAGCAUCUUAGUCACCAUCUUUGCCUCCUUGCUACUGAGGUCAUCGACAAAGCAGGAUCUUGCCGAGAAGAGGAAGACUCAGGAGUUCUUUCAGCACUUCCUGACCCAAGGCUCCUCUUAGACGGAGAACUCGUCCUUCUCGCUGAACACUAAAAGCUGUAAAGUCCAGUAUUUGAAAUAAACUGUAAUGAAUUCUGAUAUUUCCAGAUGGCUCUUUGUAUAGUUAUAUAGUAUAAUUAUGUAAGCGAUGGUUCUUAUUUGAUAUUAAUUUCAAAAUAAUGUUUGUGAUCUAUCGAUGCACAGAGUUUAUUGUAUAUUAUUGAACAUCUGUAGAAGCCUAACAGUUUUUAAUGUAUGUAUAUUUUAUUUAAAAGAAUAAUUUGUAUUUUAAUGUUUCUGAUUUCAACAGCAUAUUGUUUUUUCUAUAUAAAACUGUUGGAAACGAG